UGCAUCGAUUUGUUAUAUUUGUUAUUACAUUUGGGAAUAUAACGUAAGUUAUGAAGUGCCAAAAGAAAACAAAAUUAUGGACGGCAGUCAAAUUGAACAGUUAGUACAAGCUAUAGACGAAGUAUUUUUGAAUUACAUCACGUUAGUUUUUAUGCUCGUCGGAUUUACUUCACUGUUCGCGAGUUUUGGCUUGAGACAAGCUACAUUGAAUAAUGCUGCGCAUAAGAUUUAUUUAUGGCUUUUGAUCGGCUGUGUUCAAUUUGGUACAAUUGUCACCAUUGAGAUUGUUGUGCUAUUGAAACACACAAGUUUCGUCCAACAUAAUAUAGUUGGAUUCUUCUUAUGCUUUGUGCUUAUUGACGCUGCCUUAGUGUACCAGAUUUUAGUAGUGCAGUCAUUCUACAAAGAAGAGAAAUUAAUCGAAGAGACCAAUUACAGUAGACUGCGUUCGGAUUUAACAUCACAGAUUGAACAACACGAUGAAGAAGAAUUUCAAAAUGUAGAUUUUUAAUAUAUCUUUAAUAAUUGUAUUAUUUUUGUUUAUUUUUAUGGAAUUACUUAAGUACUACCUUUGUAAUAGGGGUUCAUCUUAUUAUUAAAUUGAUGUUUUUUCUAAAUUUUUUAUUAACUAAUGAACUAUAGUCAACAUCACACUGAGCUUUUAAAUAUAAUUAAAUUUAGAUA